UGUGAUUGGUGGGAGCAAGUGUACUCUGUCCACCAAUGAUAUCCAGAGCUGUACAAAGAGAUCUACUCAGUCUCACCGAGUAGCUUCAGCAUCGUAAUCAUUGCAACGCUCUGCACAACAGAGGGGGAAUAAUGCAGACACAAAGAAUGAUGAGGACGCCCUUACAUUGGAGUAUACAUAUUUUCGGCUAAAUCAUUGAAAUAUGGGAUUAAUGCAACGAGGAAUGAUGUGGAACAAACUGUCUGCAUGGCAGAUUUUUUUAUGGUGGCACAAUUUCUCUCUGUUGUGGAGUACAAUAGAUGGACAGACUCGCUACAGCAUCCCGGAGGAAGUGAAACAGGGCACCGUGGUAGGAAAUCUCGCCAAGGAUUUGGGUUUGGUUGUAUCUGAAUUGUAUCGACGUAAAUUGCGGAUAACAUCGGAAGCUGGUAGACAGUAUUUCAGUGUUGACUUGGGGAAGGGAGAACUGGUGGUCAUUGAUAGGAUAGACAGGGAGGAACUGUGCGGACAAAGACCGUCAUGUCUGUUGCCUUUAGAACUAGUAAUAGAUAACCCCCUGCAGCUGCACAGAGUCGAAAUUGAUAUACAGGAUACAAACGAUAAUUCGCCCGGCUUUCUUACUAAAGGAAAAGUGUUGAAAAUUGCAGAGCUGGUGAAUCCUGGCGCGCGAUUUCCUUUAGAAAAUGCACACGACCCAGAUGUAGGUGCUAAUUCUGUGCGCUCAUACCUCAUUAGUAAGAACGACAAUUUCAAACUGACUGUUAAAAAUCAUAAAGAUGGAAGGAAAAUCCCUGAACUAGUUCUCGAAAAACCUCUGGAUCGGGAAAAGCUGCCUGUGCAUAAUCUUAUUCUCACCGCUGUUGACGGCGGAGACCCUGUGCGCUCAGGAACAUCUGAAAUAACAGUUAUAGUGCUUGACAAUAAUGAUAAUGCACCACAAUUUGAGAGGCAGAUAUAUGAGGCAAAUGUCAGUGAGGUGGCAAUACCAGGAACGGAAGUAUUGCAGGUUAAGGCCACAGAUGCAGACGAAGGACUGAAUGGAGUAAUUGAAUAUUUUUUUGCAGAACAAACUACAGAUAUUAUUUUAUCAUUAUUUGAUAUUGCAUCUUCUACUGGGAUUAUUGUAGUCAAGGGAGCGUUAGAUCAUGAAACAAACUCUGUGCACAGAUUUGAUGUAAUAGCAAUGGACAAAGGCAACCCUAAAAUGGAUGGACAUUGUGGCGUCGAAAUUAAAGUAGUGGACAUCAAUGAUAAUAUUCCUGAAAUAAUUGUGACGUCAUUAACAACACCUGUUCCAGAAGAUUCUGCAGUCGGUACAGUUAUUGCAUUAUUAAGCGCAAAAGACCCUGAUUCAGGUGACAACGGCAAGGUUACUUUAACUUUGUCGUCAAAGUUCCCCUUCAAGUUAAAUCCGUCGGUCUCAAACCAUUAUUCAUUAGUAACGAAUGGGCCACUUGACCGUGAAAAUUAUCACCAAUAUAGUGUCAAGAUAAGUGCCGUUGAUUCUGGAAAACCGGUAUUAAUGAGUGAAAAAAUAAUACUCGUUGAAUUAUUAGAUGUAAAUGACAACCCACCAGUUUUCUCCCUGCCUUCUUAUGUCGUCUAUGUAAAGGAGAACCAUCCUCCUGGUAAAAUCCUGUACUCAGUAUCAGCCUCUGACCUGGAUUUUGGAGAAAAUGCUAAGAUCUCUUACUCUAUACUGGACUCUAAAGUGCAGGACGUUUCUGUCUCAUCGUAUGUUUACAUUAACUCAGAUAACGGCAGCAUCUACAGCAUGCACUCGUUUGACUAUGAGAAACUCAAGGUGUUUCAGAUUCAGGUUCAGGCAAAGGAUCAGGGCUCUCCGUCUCUCAGCAGCAACGCUACUGUCCAUGUUUUUAUCCUGGAUCAGAACGACAACGCACCCGCUGUUAUUUACCCCUCCUCCGCUGCCAUGGGCUCCCUCUCUCAUCAGAGGAUGCCCCGCUUCGCUAAAGCGGGUCACCUGGUUACCAAGGUGACAGCUGUGGACGCUGACUCGGGCCAUAACGCCUGGAUCUCCUACAAACUGAAGGAGGCCACAGACGCGUCUCUGUUCACUGUCAAUCUGUACACAGGGGAGGUGAGGACUAAACGCGCUGUGUCCGAGCAGGACGACUCCUCUCAGAGGCUGCUUAUAGAGAUCAGAGACGACGGGGAACCGGCUCAAUCAUCCACCGUCACGGUGUCCAUCCUGCUGGAGGACGGUCUCCAUGAGCCCAUCUUAGACCUGCGACAGAAGGUAGCAGAGCCCAGCAAGAAAAACGGGAGAAUCGCCCUUUAUCUGAUUCUCUCUCUGGCCUCGGUGUCCGUGCUGUCUCUGUUGACUUUUCUCAUCUUAGCGGUUAAAUGCAUCAGGAACAGCAGAAGCAGCGGUAGUUGCUGCAUGAGACGGAGCGACUGUGAUGAUUACAAGAACCCCAACAGAAACCUGCAGAUUCAGCUCAACUCUGAUGGACCCAUAAAGUACGUGGAGGUGCUGGGAGGAGACAUGUUGUCUCAGAGUCACUCCUUCAGGUCCUGCAUGUCUCCAAUGUCAGAGUACAGUGAUUUCACUUUGAUUAAGCCCAGCAGCACCACUGACUUUAAGGAGGUGAUCAGUGUCCUGGAUGCGUCUUUACCUGACAGCACCUGGACCUUUGAGAGCCAGCAGGUGAGCAGAAAACAACUACUUAUCUAUGUCAUUGAGAAAUGAACACAUCCUGUUGAUUACAAGAAAUAUUCAGUCACAUUAUUUUCAUCCAACACAUCUGACAGUCACCCAUUCCUAGUAUUUCAGCACCAUGUUAGUGGACAGCGACGCUGGGUG